UGUUAGCUCUUCAAUUUUGCGCGUCUAACUUUUAAUUAGAAUUGAGAAGGAAAAGAAAAGGCAAAUCAAGCUUAAAUUUGCUGAAUUCAAUUGUACUCAAUUAACAAGUAAAUAGCAUCGAUCACUUUUCUGGCUCAAGUCGCCGCUAAUACACACGCAAAGACACACAAACACAUUUCGUCGCUCUCUGUCUUGUAGAAAUGGCACCAAAGAAAACAAACGGAUUCAUGAUAUUCGUGAACGAGUGGCGCAAGGGCCGCAACAUUUCCAUCGCCCAGGCUGUCAGUCACUGCGGCGACAUCUGGAAAAAUAUGAGUGCACAGCAGAAGGGGCCGUACAAUGGAUUCGCAAAGGACGCCAACGUCUCGGCCCGUGCCAAGGUGGAGCCAUUAGACUGCCAUGGCCGUCCUCUGUCCGCCGUGGAGCGUGAGAAUUGCGAGGCUGCUGAGCGAGAGAUGAAUAUGAAACGCAACAUCGAGCGAAUUGUGCUGGAAGGAAAGGCGCAACACGAUCUGGAGAACACCAAGUUCAUAUUUGCGGCCUUUAAUUACUUUACCAAAGCAAUUGGAAACGAUAUUUACAUGCCGGCCGAAUUUGCCGCUUGCAAGUUCUCGCUGCGGUCCGGAAGGGGCCCCGUCUACAGCUCGCAUAUCAAUCCGGGCCAGCUGAUCUUUGGCCAGGCCAGCGACGCACAGCAUCACACGUCGACGACGCACCAGUUACCCCUUCCGCCCAAAGCUAUGGGCGAAUCCAACAUGGGCAGUCUCUAUGUGAAUAUUGUGAAGUAUUUGCGUGACUGCCAAGGCGCAGGCAAUCCCCUCGUGGUGUUCACCACCGCUGAACUGAUGCCUGUGGUAAGUGGCUGCUUUAGGUACCUGCAGAGCGACAGUGAUGAGGUGGGCGAGCAGAUUCACGUCUACGACAUCCUGUACCUCUUCUACGUGCUCAAGAAGGAGGUCAUGGACAUUGCCGACCUGCCGCACGCCAACAUCAACAAGUGCAUCACGGACAACUUCUUCUUCAAUGAUUUCUUCGAAUAUUACUCGAACAUCGCGUGUCAGUUUCACGAGGACAACGAUCGGGGCAAGUAUUGCACACACUCAAUGGUCUCCCGCUGGUGUUACACGUUCUGCGACUAUAUGUGUGGGGAUCUGGCCAUUAAGCCGUUGGCAGGGAAGCACAUGCCACCUGUGCAGGAGCAAAAGUUUUGCGUGACUAAUCCGGACAAGUCUAUGUGUGGGAAUACGUCGUACAACUCGGUCAGCUCGUGGCAUUCGGAUGUGAAGCAAGAGCCGGACUCGGAUUAUACGCCAGAGGAUCAUUCCGUGUUCUCGGCCAAUUUAACUGCAACGGAGGAGUUUCCCAGCUUGAGUGGUCGCAGACCCAAGCCAACCCAUCGCCAUCCUCCGCCCCAGAAAGGCGCUUGGAAUGUUCCUGCCGCAAAGCGAAGUGCACGCGAUUUUGAUGACGCAUUCAACAUGACACGUUGAUGACAUUUUCAAUCUAAAAGAAUUUCUGAAUUUUUCAAAACAUUCCUCAAUGAAUUUAUUACGUAUA